AGGCUCGUCCCGGCGAAGGUCGACGGGCCCUUUCCCGUUGCAACAGAACCACUGUGUUCUCGAAGGAUUUUCCACAUCAUGUCGAUUUCAACGACAUCCUCUUGUGCCCAAGCGGCAAAGGGGAAAUCUGCCACUCCCAAACCAACGACCCAAGGGAGCCCAGCGAAUAGCCAGGCGGGUGACAGCGCGACUGCUGGUGCCACGAUCGAGGGAUUCGCUCUGCUCCGUCGCUCCGCUGUCUGGUCUGUUGUCUCCAACUUGACCUUGUCCACACUCUGCUGUGCGCUUGUCUUGAUCAGCUUGUCGCUCAUCAUUGGCCCCACUGGGCUCCGACUUUUGCUCAGAAGCCAGUGAGGUCGUUGUUUGUGUGGUGGUAUUCUU